AGAGUGCCAGUUAUUUCGGAGAGGCAUGUGUGGAGCAUGUACAAUUUGCUUUUUGUUGAAUCCUCUAUUUCAAGACUGUGCUAAUUUGUCGGCUUAUUGAUAACGCACGCCUCUUGUAAUACAUUUUAUCUCCUCCUAACGAGCCAAAAUAAUUCAAAGUUACUCUUCAAAGAGUCAUUACAAAACGUCAUUACAAACGUUUACGAAACGAUGUCAUAUGAUUUAAAGAACGAGGAGGACGUGAAGGAAUAUCUGAAAAACCUUCACAUAGAAUAUCAAUUCGGCUGUUACAGCGAGAAAAAGCCGGAAGUGUGUCAUCUACUGGGUGAUUUUUACGAAGCAGUUAAUAAUGAGUUGGAAAAAGCUUCCCUACUUUACAAGGCAACUUGUGACAAGUAUAAUUAUGCCAGAAGCUGCGCGAAAUUCGGUGAUUUUAAAAUCAUGGGUAAAGGUUGCGAAAAAGACAUAUCAACAGCAUAUAAGUACUUGACAAAGGGUUGCGAGCUCAAUGACGAGAAUGGCUGUCUACAUGCUGGUGUUUUGGCAGUAUCCAAGAAUAACGUUGGAGAGAAGGAUAGGAAAACUCAGAUUCACAAGGGUGUCGAGCAACUGAAAAAGGCUUGCGAUAUGUACAAUUCAAACAAAGCAUGCUUCUAUUUAUCAGCUGUCUAUUUAGGGGGCUUUGAAAACAUUAUCAACAAGAACUAUAAAGAGGCUUACAAGCUGUCGUUGAAAAGUUGCGAAUUAGGCAAUCCAUACGCUUGUGCGAAUGUAUCUCAAAUGCACACGCGAGGAGAAGGCGCUCAAAAGAAUCCCGAGCUUGCUGCAACUUUCAAGAAACGCGCCAUUCAGUUGCAUGAAGAACUGCAGAAAGUACAACCAGAAUUAAAAUUUCAUCAAGAGCUAUGGAAAAACUCAUUCACCAACGACACAAUCAUGCAGUCCCACCUGUUUGAUUCUCGCGCCUGUCUGGCUGCUGUCAUCUUUGUUAUAUUUGCCUGUCAUGGCACUUUGGCGCAGUCAGCCGAGUCGGACGACAACAUUGUAAAUGUGGACGUUUACUACGAAUCGUUAUGCAGCGAUAGCAUGCGAUGGAUCGUGAAUCAGCUUGUGCCGUCAUAUUCGGAAUUGAAAAAUUCUCUUCACGUCACAUUGAUUCCAUAUGGCAAAGCUACGCACACCCGUGAAAGCGAAACCGGUCCAUGGCAAUUCUUGUGUCAACAUGGUCCUGCCGAGUGCCGCGGGAAUAAGGCCCAGGCGUGCGGGAUUCACGCCAUAGAAACCUCCGAGGAGGACCAGAAUCAUCAGCGACUGACGGUCAAGCUGGUCGGUUGUGUAAUGUCCGCUCGAAACCCAGCGACAGCCGUACCUCAGUGCGCUAAAGACGUCGGCCUGAGCGAAAAGACACAAAAAUCGAUUAGCGACUGUAUCAGCAGCCCACUCGCGGAUGAUUUGUUGGCGAAGAACGGCGAUAAAACGGACGCCCUUGAGCCAUCGCUCAAAUUCGUCCCGACGAUAGUGAUCAACAAGGUGUACUCGAGCGAGAAUCAGCAGGAGGCGCUGAACAACUUCCCGAAACUAAUCUGUCGACAUUUGACAGCGCAGAAGCCGAAGAUCUGCGAAACAGCUUGAAUUGAAGAAGAUUGAGGAAAGGCCGAGUCGCGCGUUGGAGGUGCGGGGACAAAUAAUCACUCGGUCAGAAAUAAAUGAUAUAUUGCAUAUAAUAUACAUAAGUGCCUAUGUACAAAAAUAUAUACGAUUUGUCAAAUGCAA